AUGAUCUCCAAACAUACCCAACCUUUAAAUCUAUCAGUUUUGUAUAAUACAUAUAAAAAUACACAUAAACGUUUAUUUCUGUUCGAUUAUGAUGGAACUUUAACGCCUAUUGUAAGUCAACCCGCUGAUGCUAAGCCAGCACCCACUUUGCUACAUAAUCUUCAGGAACUAUGUAAAGAUCCUUUAAACUCUGUUUGGGUUAUCUCUGGUAGAGAUCAACAUUUCUUAGAUACUCAUCUUGGACAUAUUCCACGUUUAGGAUUCAGUUCAGAACAUGGAUCGUUUAUAAAGAAGCCAGAAUCAAAUGAUUGGAGUGACAUGCUUGGAGAUACGGAUAUGUCUUGGAAAGAUGACGUUUUAGAAAUUUUUGAAAAAUAUACCAAAAGGAAUCCAGGUACAGUGAUUGAACAGAAAAAGUCAUCUAUCACUUGGCAUUAUCGUAAUGCUGUUAAUCCUGAAGAGGCGUAA